AUGAGCCGUGAAGAAGUGAGACAAUUGCUACGCCCUUCCCCCGACGUGUCGAAUCAAAUUAUUUCCUGGUUGAAUUCUGAAAACAUCUCCCCGGACACUAUUGAGCUAGACAGGAACUGGAUAGCCUUUCAAGCUACAGUUUCUCAAGCGGAGCGAAUGUUGAAGACAAAAUUCUUGUUGUACAAGAACAAAGACAGUGAUGAUACGGUCAUCAGAGCUCUUGAAUAUUCAGUACCAAAUGAGAUUCACGAAUAUAUUCAGUUGAUUCAGCCAACGACUCGAUUUGGGGGGCUCGAUUCUUUGCACGGAUUUAGCAAUGCGUCGCACGUUGUCACCACAGCAAAAGACCUUGCUGCAGGAUGUGGGACGGUAGUUACGCCCGAUUGUCUGCGAGAUCUAUACGGCCUUAGUAACAUAACAGCGAAACCUGAUGUUCGGAAUCGACUGGGUAUAGCGGGAUUCUUGGAGCAGUAUGCUCGCUACAGCGACUUCUUCCAUUUCAUGCAAGUGUACGCACCCGGUAAAACAGGCGCAAACUUCACCGUGGUCUCGAUCAAUGGUGGGCAAAAUGACCAAGACUCUCCCAAGAACAGCGUUGAGGCAAGCCUGGAUCUCCAGUACACCAUUUCGCUAGCCUACCGCGCACUAGUGACCUUUUACACCACUGGUGGCCGAGGACCCGUGAUCCCUGAUGGUGAAGAACCAAUAGCUAUCUCAACAAAUGAACCAUACCUCGAGCAGCUUCACUAUUUAGUUAAUCUCCCGGACAAGGAACUUCCCGCCGUUAUAACCAUGUCAUAUGGUGAAUCAGAGCAGAGCGUGCCAAAAUCGUAUGCUACAGCCAGCUGCAAUCUAUUUGCUCAGCUGGGUGCCAGAGGCGUCACUGUCAUUUUUAGUAGUGGUGACUCUGGACCUGGAGGAACAUGCGAAAGUAACGAUGGGAGCUACCGAACCAAAUUCAUUCCCAAUUGGCCCGCAUCCUGUCCAUUCGUUACCUCUGUCGGUGGGACGUUUGGGAGCUCACCAGAACAGGGAAUCAGCUUCUCUGGGGGCGGAUUCUCAGACUACUUCGAUCGACCGUCUUAUCAAGAUUCUGUUGUACAAAGUUUUCUGGACAAAAAUGGUAACAAAUGGAAAGGAUUGUUCAAUCCUGCUGGCAGAGGUAUUCCCGACGUUUCAGCCCAAGCAAGCCGUUUCAUGGUCAGAGACCAUGGUGUGUAUUUGACCGUUGGAGGAACCAGGUCUGAACACCUUCGAACCAGAUCAGCGUAUGACCGUGCUGAUGUUUAUCUAGCGCGUCUGCACCAGUGA